AUGGCUACUUCAACUGUUGGUGGUUCCCCGAGACUAGCCUGGGUACCCGAAGGCCCAGCUGGCAUCGAAUCCAUCAGCUCUUCCAGCUGCGAAGGUUGUGAGACCUACCAGAAGCCGAGACUUUCGUGCAAACCAUGCCGCGCCCGCAAGGUCAAAUGCGACCGAGUCGAGCCGUCCUGCGCUCCAUGUACUCGCCUCGGGCUUCCGUGUUCCUACGGGAAUGGCCUGGACCCGAUACUUACUACGGAUGUCCGUGAUCCCUCGGAUAUGACCCAGGCCGGGACAAAGAGGAGGCGAACUCGUCGGGCCUGCGUGACUUGCCGCUUAAUGAAGAGCAAAUGCACUGGUGGAGACCCUUGCGAGCGAUGUCUCGCCAGGGGCGUCCGCUGCGAACAGCGUUCGGAUGGAAACUCAUUCCAAAUACAGUCUUCAGCCCAAUUUGCGAACUCGUCGACGCCGCCCACAAUUCUAAACUUAAACUUACUAUCGGACGCUAGGACGUUGUUCUCAGAUAAGCCAACAGUCCGUCGCUAUAUUGAAGCCUACUUCGACCUGUCCGGCGCCGCAACAUGCGUCUUCCUCCUCAAGCCCCUAGUACUCGCCGAUUUGGCUCGCGAGACACUCGACCCCGUCAUCCUAAAAGUACUAAUAGCCUCCGGUCUACAUCUGUGCGACGAUCGACCACAUAGCCAGGCAAUCGUUGGAACGAUGAUGCAGGAGGCUCAGCGCGAUAUCCUAAGCCGCCUUGGUAGGCUGUCUAUCAAUCAACUUCAAGCCCUAGUGCUCAUUAUGCGCUAUCACGUUGCCGCUGGAAAGCUACCAGAGGCCUGGAUGAUGAUCUCAUUGGCGGCGCGGGUAGCCUUCAUCAUGCGGCUUAACUUAGAGGAUGGAAAUUUAAAUCCCAUUGCCCAGGAGUCUCGUCGUCGUCUAGUAUGGGCAAUUUAUCUCUCUGACCGGCAAAUCUCUGGAGGCGUCGACGACCUCGCUGUCUGCCCUACCGAUAAAAUACAUAUUCGGCUACCCUGCGAUGAUCACAGCUUUCGGAGAGGGAUUGCCUCAAGGGCCCAGUACCUCGAAGAGAAACAUCGCCAAGAUGAUGGGCAUAUGAGCAUUAUUGCUUACUAUAUCAGGCUUUCCAACUUCCGCGAUCGAAUCCUGAGAUACACUAAGAGAGUUAGGAGAGAGAAUGUUAGCCCUGCACUGAGCCGCGACGAGCUUGAUACCCUACGCCAUGAUCUAGACGCGUUUGAAAUGACCUUACCAGAGGAUAUGAAACUCAACUCUCAGAACCUUCUUGUUAUGGUCCACUCUACCGAAGCCACCCAAUACAUUUUGCUCCACACGAUGUGGCUACAAUGCUACUGCGACUUGUACCGAUUCGUUAUCCCCGGUAUACGAGAGGCUGUUGGAAAGGAGGCGAUGGCCCAGUCCCCUCCUGACUUCAUCGAAUACUGCCAGCGAGCAUGUCUAUCUAGCGCUCUGCGCCUUUGCAACUUUUGGUCUGAAGUUUACCAACUAGAUUUCAGGGCGCCUUUAGAAGAUAUGCACCUUGCCGUUAGUAUCUACCAGGUCUCUCAGAUACUGCAUCAUCUACAUCAUCUUCUAGACGAGGAAGGCCCCCACUCCAUCCUGGAAAUCAAGCCGAAACUUAUUGAGGCUCUGCGGUUGGCAUCCUCUGCUCGCACCAUCUUUCCGCGUGUGGCACGCUGCGUAAAAGAUACCGAAAGCCUCGUCACCGUACUUGGGCAAGAUCCUGCGCCAUCGCGGUCUGGUGGAGAAGAAGGUUCAGAUGACCGGGUCCAUUUCCCAUCACGAUAUGCAAUUAUUCCAAAGCCGACUGUGGGAGAAGGACCCCUCGAAGACAAUGACACGGUCGGUUCGUUUCUUCCAGAACCUCUUUCAUCUAAUGUUCUGCCGCAGGAGGAAUCCGUGCAGGCGCCACAUCAGGAGGCCGCAUUCCAGAUGGACUCUGGAGUUCCCGAGAUGUCGAUCGGCGGACAAUUCCUCUUAGGAUCCGGAAGUGAGGAAAAUUCCGCUUCAUGGGACGUUUUAGACUUACAUUUAAAUGGCUACUACGACCCUGAUCUCGGCGAGCUCCUCAUGCCAAUGACGGCUUAA